AUGUCAACUCUACCAAUUCCUGACCAGCAACUAUAUCUACUGAAACGUAGCGAGUCCUGUGAAGACUCCGAUGAAGGCUUCCGUUUCGCCGGAAAUCUCGUUGUGUAUCGAGCAAAGGGUUCUUUAUUCCAUGCGAUGCUGAAAGGGCGCUUAUCAUCAUCAAACUUCGAUCCAGAAAGCCUUAUCAAUGUUAAGGAAAUUCCUACAUGGGGUUAUAGGCCUAGAUUUUCUAUCGAAUUUAUGCUUGCGCUUAAAACACUGCCAAACGACUGUUUUAUCAAAAAGCCUAGCUUGAUUAGUUACGGUCGGAUCAGUGAAGGCCCUCGACAGAAUUUGAUCGCAAAAGACUUCCUUAAGGAAGUAAAGAUAUGUGAACUCUUAAUACAGCGCCCACAUCCUAAUAUUGCUGUAUAUCUCGGUUGUCAGGUUUCCGACGGCACAAUCACAGGCCUUUACCUUAAGUAUUCUCGGACGCUCAUGAAAGAGGUCAACCCAGGCGCUCUUAUGAAGAGAGCUCUAAGAGAUACACGGGAAGCGAUGAGUGACUAUAGCCAUAUUCUCACGGGCAUUGAAAGCGGCAUCCGGCACCUUCGCCCAUCAGGGCUGGUUCAUAACGACAUUAAUCCAAGCAACAUGAUGAUUGAGAACGAUAGAGCAAUUAUCAUCGAUUUUAGAUCUUGCCGGAAGCUAGGAGAAAGCCUAGAAGACGUCGGCCGUACAUACGAAUGGUACAUGGAAAAAUUACAGCAGUCUUUUCUUGAGAAUGACUUUAACGCCUUGGAGGAGAUUCUCAUUUGGCUUGGUGUUAGUUCAAAAGAAUUUCAAUUUGAUAUCUAG